AUGCUGCGCUGCAACAUCUCCCACCAAGUGCCGACGCACCCGGUGGUGUCUGUCAGGUCGGGGCUUGUCUUUGAGCACAGCCUCGUCGAGAAGUACGUUGACGAGCAUGGCCGCUGCCCCAUCACGGGGGAUCCGUUGUGCAAGGAAGACCUCAUUGCCGCUCACGGCGCUGUUCCAGAUGUGUCCAUUGCGGCCAGUGGCAGCCUCGGGGCUGCCUCCGUCCCUACGCUCCUGGAGCGUCUCCAGGUGGAGUGGGAGGGGGUUGCGUUGGAGCAGUUCAGCCUUCGGCAGCAGGUAACGCAACUUCAGCUGGAGCUGGCGCACGCGCUGCAGCAGUACGACGCCGCCUGCAGGGUGAUUGCGCGACUCAGCAAGGAGCUUGAUUCCCACCGUGGAGGCAAAGCCAUGGCUGCCGAGGAGGCUGACCAGGGCGCUGCUGCGGUGAUGGUGCCGGCGGCGGUGCUUCGAUGCGUGGACGCUGCCGAAGCGGCAGAACGUCAGGCGCGUAAACAGCGCAAGGCAUCGGCAGCAGCGAGCUCGGCGGCAGCCGCACCGUUGCAGCUAACGGAGGAGGCGCAGUGGGUGGCCGCGUCGUCGCCAUCGGCGUCCACAUCCUCUGCGCGCUCGGCCCUGCGCGUUGCGGCGGCGGCGGCGGACGACAGCAGCUCGGCGGUCUUCGUCAGCGCCCUCACGGGCGAUCACGCGAUUGUGCGGUACAGUCCUAACGGCAUCAGCGAGGAGGCGCGUGGAGUGGGUCACACUGCCGCUGUGCACACGCUGGCGAAUCAGCUGGGCGGUGUCCUGCUCUCCGCCGCGGAGGAUCAGACGGUUCGCGUGUGGUCGACGAAGGGUGCUGGGCUGACGGUCAUGCACACGCUGCGGUACGCGAGCGGGGUGGCUGCGAUGAGCCAGCGGACGGUGGGCGGAGCCUACGUGCUCUGCGGUGCCGCUGAUGGUGUCCUUACCCUCUCCGACCUGGAGAGCGGUGCGCACGUCGUGGUGACGGCACCGCUGACGCGCGACGCAGCGUCGCCGACGCUGACGUGUGUGGAACUGCACCCGUACAGCUCUCUUGCGGCCGUGGCUUUCCAACGGACUGAGCUGCAGCUCUGGGAUACACGCGAGAUGCGUGCCGACACCACUAUCUCUCAUGUGCGAGGCGCUGCUGCGCACACGCACAUCUGCAGCGCCACAUUUGGCGCCGACUGUGUGUCCCUCGCGGCUGGCCUUACGGAUGGCUCGGUGUGCGUGUGGGACCUUCGCCAGGUGUUGGCCCCCGUAGCGGUGCUGCCGCCCAGCCCCGACACCGUCCCAGCCACGGUGCGCUACGCCCCAGACGGACGCUCUCUCGUGGUUGGCGGAGACGGCGUGGCGUUGUACGACUGCUCACUCCUGUCGGCCUCGUCCACUUCGGUGGAGGCCAUUUCGACGGCAGGACUUAAGGCGGGCGCCGUGAGUGACGUGUGCUGGACGACGAGCGGCGCCGACGUACUGUGCGGCACUGUGGACGGUGUCGUCCGCCUGUACUCCACCGCAGCCGGCACAGCGUAG